AAGGAGGGCCGGACUCGCCGAGCCGCCAAAAGAGAAUGGGGAGAGACAGUCGUGCGGAGACCAAGAGCCGCGUCGGAUCACGCAACGGAACCGCGAAAUUCUCAGGAGCCACGUGACACGCGACAGAGGAGGCGAAGGAGGAAGAGGAGGACGAUCGAUCGUUUCCCUGUUUUUCUUUUUUUUUCUUUUUCUUUUUUUCUCUCUCUCUCUCUCCUCCCCAGUUUCGAUAAUAACUAAGCCGCUUGGAUUUCUAAUAUCGAUCCCUUCCGCCCUGUUUCGCGCGGUUAACCGCGCACCUCGCCUCCCUUCCGCGAGGGGAACCGUAAAGGGAACUUGCAACCCCCCCGAUAGUAGGAGCGAAAGUAUCGUCGCGAGUUCACGUGUCACGCUCCGCUCUUUUUUUUUUUUUUUUUUUUUCCCUCCUUUCUCCCGUUUGGAAAGAAGAGUUUAAAGAGAAGUCGUCCCCGCGAUGGCCGGCUGUUGUGCGAGUUGAUAGAAAGUGGUAUAAGCGGCGUGGAAUGCUCGAGGAACGGUACAUCGGUGUGUUCUAAACGAUUGUGACAAAUGCGCGGAGUAUGACGUCAAAUGCAAUUAGAGGUAUUCGGAGGAAGAAGAGUUCGUUAUGCGAGGUGAAGGUGGCUGUGAUUGGAGCGCCAGGUGUCGGCAAAAGCGCAUUGACAGUGAGAUUUCUAACGAGGCGGUAUAUCGGGGAAUAUGAUCACCAGUCAGAGAACAGAUACAAACACGAGGUGUUAGUCGAUGGCGAGCCCAUCCUUUUCGAAAUUUUGGACACCUGCCCGAAGAGCGACGACGAGUUACCUUCUACGGAAACUGUACAAUGGGCGGAUGGAUUACUUUUAGUUUAUUCGAUAACCGAUAGAGGCUCUUUCAAUUUCGUGAGAAAAGCGAAAGAAACUCUUGCGGUGGUUGAUCCCGAAGCCGCUAUGCCUCUUGCCUUGGUCGGGAACAAAGCCGAUAUGGUACACUUGAGACAAGUUAGCACCGAAGAAGGAGAAAUACUGGCGAAGGAUUUUGAAUGUUGGUUUAGCGAAGUAUCUGCCGCGGAGCAGGUCACACAAGUUGCCGAAUCUUUCCACGAAUUGUGUCGAGAGGUUCUGGCAGCAAGAAGAAGGAAUAAACAAUCUUUAUUGGAUAGAAUGCUUGGUAGCAAAGCAACGCGUGCUUAUUCACGAGGUAAAAGUGAUUCAGCGCUUCCGAAAGAUUAAUAUAUAUAUAUAUAUAUAUAUACAUAUAUAUAAAAUUAUACAUUUUUACUUAUACGUAUAUCGUUUCGUACAAUUUAUAUUAUAUACAAAUUUUAUAAAAGAAUCGUUUUUAAGAAAAUUUACGAUGUAAUCUUAUGGAUCAAAAGUAAACAGCACAUAGUUUAUUAUAUAUGUGUGUACUCGAUAUUGAAAGUUUAAGUACCAAAGAUUUAUGUAGCAUUGUGUAAUAAUGUUUUUGAUUUAUAUGAUAUUAUACUAUGUAAAUGAUAUGUAAUACAUAAAUUUUAGAGAUUCAUA